AUGUCUAUCAACAAACCCUUACAACAACCGCACGACAUCUUCCUCAUCAAUGAGCUACUUGAGAACAUUCUUCUACAUACAGAUACGAGGACUCUAUUAACAUCUGCUCAACGCGUGUCUCGAGUUUGGAACACCAUGAUCAGAACAUCAGUCAGACUCCAAGAGUCCCUCUUCUUCAAACCCUCCAAGUUCGAGAUCUCCGAUCCCUCACAACGCCUUCGCAACCCGCUCCUAGAAGAUAUCCUUUGGGCUCAAUUCUUCCUGAAGCAACAACAGACCUCAGAGUCAAGAUUUACCGACGUAAGCAGAUUUCCGCUGCGGGAACCUGAGCGUCGCAAGCUCAAGUUUUACCUACGAAAAGACGCCAGUUGGAAAAGAAUGCUACUUCAACAACCACCAACAUCAUCAAUCGGAGUCCUUGAAAUCAUCAAAAGAUCAGACUCCGAAUUCACCAAAUUAUCUACCAGCCCAAACAACUUCCUGCGGAUGGGUGACAUUUUGACCCUCCUCCAAGGAGGCAGCACGCUAAUUCCAACCCGCAACAAAUGGAUACUCUGGAGUGGACGAUCCCGUAUCCGAAUGCCCUUGAACUUCGAAUGCUGGACACCCAAAUGGGUCUACGAACCAAGUACUUUACGGCCAGUCCAGGAAUGGAUUCCGGAAAAUAUAGACUGGGAUAGUCUCCGGUUGGAGGUGGCAUCAAUGUAUUUGAAUGAUUUCGAUUGUGGGGUGGUAAUUGUAUCCGAACGAGAGACAGUUGCUUUUCCAGGGCGAGGAUCGAGUCCACAAGGAGAGCAAGCUUGA